AUGCCGCUUGCUGCUGAUGUCUUGCGGCCGCCUGGCGAUGGCACUACGCCAGAUCUACAUCCUGGUGCCCUUGGAGGUGAACUUCCUGGCACCGGAGCCCCACAAGGAGAGGACGAUGAUGUCCUAGUUGAAGCGCUGGACCAUGACCUCUUCGAGGACACCUACCAGGACGAUGGCCAGAUGGACGAGCUCUAUGGCAGGGCUCCACUACAGCGUCGACGCCUUGGACGCAACGGACCUCGUUCAGAUGAUCACGGUCCCGCUGAUGGAGAGCCUGGUGAGAAGACCCCUUCUCAAUCCGGCUCGCAGCAUGCUGGCUCGGGGAGAGAUUCUCCGAAGUCAGCCAAGUCCACGAGAUCUAAGACCUCCGUGGACGAAGCUGGACGACAUCGACCUCGAGGCAAUCUUCCGCCUCCACCGGCGUUUUCCGGUGAAGUGAAGAAGAACCCCAAAGCCUUUCGUCAUUGGCUUCAGAAGGUGGACAGCUUUGUGGAGAUCGCCAAGCACAUCAUUGGCGAUGAGGAGAUUGGCCUUCGCUUGCACUCGGCUCUUGAGGCGGACGCGGCCGAGUACUUGGAGGACAUCCCGGCCAAGACCUUCGGCGUCCCCGGUGGAUGGAGAGUGCUCAUCCAGGUGCUUCGCGAGAAGUUUGAUGAGCGCCGGAUGCACAAGGUCGGAUCGGCCAUGAAGUCGUUCUUCAAGCUCCAGGUCGACCGAAGCUGGACCCUCACCGAGCUCGUCGACCACAUGGACAAGUCGGCACGCCUUUGUCGAGAAGCAGGCCUCGCGAUCCCCGAUGAGAUCCUCGUCUACCAGUUCUUCGAGCACAGUGGAAGAUCCAUGGAACGUCAGGCGAACUUGCUCUUGAGGACCUCUGGAGACUACGACUGGAAGAAGAUGAAGACCGCGAUCGAGCUCCUCUAUCCCACGACGCUGGUCUCUCAACGUCGUGAUGGUGGUGGCUUCAAGGGCUAUGGUGGCGGAAAGGGUAGGUCAGCACACGAGGCACAGGGCGUUUGGGAAGAGUCCAAUACUUCAAAUGACUACAUCCAGCCCGACAUGGACAUCGAGGACUGGCUCUUCUACGAGGACCCCGUCGAGAAGCUCGCCGAUGAGGUCCCCGACUACCUGCCUGAGAACCUGGCCAGAGAGCUUCAUGAAGUCUACGCCACCCAUCGAGAGAAUCGAGCACGCCUUGCAAAAGCAGUCAAAGCCCGCGGCUUCUAUGUGAACAAGUCCAAGGGCGGCAAGAAGGGCUCGAAAGGCGGUGGCAAGUCGAAAGACAGUGGCAAGGCUGGGAAAGGCUCAGGAGGCAAGUCGAAAGGCAAAGGGUCUGGAAAGGCCCGUGGUAUGUCUCUGGAGCAGCUGAAGCAGGUCACCUCUUGCGCCGACUGUGGCGAGAUGGGCCACUGGCGAGGUGACACGCAGUGCAAGAAUCCUGCCAAGAAGGCCCACGAGACUGUGAAUGUGGACUUCGAGGACACCGAGCAGUUCGAGGCCUACCUCCAGGACUACCCGUACGACGAUUGGCACGAAUGGGAGCCGGACACCAACGAGGCCUGGAUCACCAACAAGUACCAGACCUGGGACGAUGAGAAGGUUUCCGUCUCCAAGAAGCAGACCGCAGCUGAGGCCUUUCCCCAGUUGGACUAUGAGGAGGCCAAGCACGUGGUCAAGACGGUGAACGCCGUCAAGCGCAAAGCAUCCGAGCACGCCGGAUCCUCUGGCGAUGUUCCCCCCGAGCAGGCAGGACUGACGCCUGCGACACGUCCUCUGGAUGUGUUCACGGCCACCGCACAGGUCAAGGAGCAGAUCGAGUCCCGCAAGUUGAAGCCCGUGGCACACACCGCGACGGCGCCUGAGGCCGUCCGUGAAGCUUUCGAGAUCCUUGGAGUCACUCCACCUCCGAGGAGUGGUUCAGUCUGGGACUGCCUGUCAGCCACGGAGGAAGAGAAGACCUUCGACCUGGACUCGAUGCGCAUCUCCUACAUGGUCAGCAAGAUGGACCCGCGCUCAGCGCGUGGUGUCGGUCGCCCUCCGGCUACCGUGACACCUGGCCGUGCAUACCUCACCGUUGACACGGCCUGCGAGAACACAGUUGGCGGACUCACCGCAUUGCACCUGGUGGCCAAGGUCUUGGAGGACAAGUUCAAGGUCAAGCCAACCGUGCGCCCGGAGGAAGAGUCCUAUCGAUUUGGACCUGGCGAGCCCCGGAUCUCGCAUGAGCGCUGGCACGUGCCGAUUGGCAUCGGCAAGAAGAACAUGAUCAUCAAGACCUCCACGCUUGAUGACCGACCCCCGGGACAGAACAAGAUCCCAUGGCUCGCAGGACAAGAUUGGCUGCGCUUCAUGGCAGCAGUCGUGGACAUCGCCGAGCAGAAGAUCAUCCUGAAGAGCAUCGACGCUCAAGCUCCUUUGUUUACUGACCACACCGGACAUUUGGUGGUGGCAGUUGAUGAUUUUCCAAGUUUGGGCUGGCCUGAAGGAAAGGUCGCUUCGAAAGAUGAUUACGCUGGACUCCUCUGGCUCACAGGAAAAGCGUAUAUGGAGUCUGCAGCGCCAAAAACCACUCACAUCUACAACCCCGAGGAUGACCCUUUGGCAACUGGUGAUAUCUAUGGUCUACAUCCCUGUACGGUACAUGGUGAUGUUUGGGAGUACAACAUGGACAACCCCCUGGUCUACAUCCGGAGACACCGUCGACCAAGAACCACCAGGUUUCAUCCUCAAGAUGUAGUAGACGGACCCGAACCACGUGAACUGCAGAUGGUAAGGGUCACGUACAAAGAUGGAGCCCCUGAACCGAUCGUGGACACCUGGGAUCAGAAGGUUGAAGAGGAGCCCUGGACAGGCUACACGGUUUUGGUUGGUUUGGACUGUGAACCUCAUGUCCAAAUGGUGGCAUCCACACCCGCACAUCACCAAGUCGGGGUCAGCAUCGAGAUCGCCGGCAAGCCGAGAACUGUGCACCCGAAAUCUUUGAAAGAAACCGUCACUAAGAGGCUUCAAAGGUCUUUUGCACCCCACAUCAAACCUCCGGAUCUGCCGCUGAGUCGUCAUGAUCAACGGUUCACUUCGUCGCAGAAGGAAUUUCCGAAUCUGCCUAUGAGGAAGGCCCCAUCGGAUCGACGCCAAAAAGCUGCUCAGCUAUGGCGGCUGCUGGUGGAGCGGCUCAUGAAGCUCUACGCGGCGCUGCAGCGAUGGGUGAAUGCGAACAAGGUGGUGCGGGAGUGCAAGUUCCGUGCACCAGCUCUCAUGGGCUACAUGGAGGCGAUCCUCGACGAGGAGACCACCUUGGCGAUGGACCUACCUCCUGCUCUACCUCCUGCUUCUACGAAGGCGAAGGGACAGACAGCCUAUGCCCUGAACCUGAAGUACCAGGAGGAGCCACACAACUGCCCACAUCUGGUGGAAAAUGGUCGUCGCUAUGGAAACGCCCAUGGCAAGUUCUUGGAGUGCAUCAACUGUGGGAGCGUGUGGCGGGGCAUCGACUACACGGUGCCGAUCAGCCAGGAGAUGGUGACCACGUACAAGAUCUACGUGGGCAUUCGGGACAAGCCAGGAGGCAAGGUCAUGAAGGGCGCCACAACCCGCAGAGCUUCUUCUUCAAAAUCCUCUGUCUACUCAUCUUCCUCACCUCCAACAUCUAUGGAGGCAGCCUAUGGGAUCACCUACCAACCUCCGAGACGGGCAACUACGAAGGCAGCACCCUCGAAGCCCGAGCGUCAGAUCCAGCCCAAGAAGGAGAAGGUCAAUCCACAGGUCUACAACCUGGAGGAGUGGGACGACGCGGACAUGGUGGAGGUGACAAGCGAGGAGGACGUUCAGGAGGACACAAGGCAGGAUGACUCAUCGCAACAAGGACGACUCCCACACGGACGAGUUCGACGGCUGAACGAUGAGGUGAAGCUCAAGCCUGGUCAGCAGAAGAGAAUGAAGCACAUGGCACGACAAGCCCUAGCGACCUCCAAAUGGCAGCGAAAGCUCAUUGAAGAGCGUAUGAAGAAAGGCCGUUGGCCCCGCAAGCACUUCAAGUUCGACCUGGUGGAGGUGUUCGGUGGCACUUCGAUGGUCAGUGUGAGAGGCAGCACUAUGUGGCGGAUGAAGGUGUUGCAGCCAGUUGACAUUCGCUAUGGCUGCGACUUGAGAAAAAGGCAAGCCAGACGCUGGCUGAUGCAGAUGUUGGACAAGGCCAACCCACGUUUGGCCAUUGUGGAGUACCCAUGUCAGCCGCGGCGGACACGCCGUAUCAGAGAAUCCAGCAACCGCAGCCUCACAAUCUCAGCCCGAGAUCCUUCGCUUGAGAGAAAGGUGGUACGAGACCACGUCAUGCUUAUGCAUGUUUGGGCUGCGAGGCAAGCGAGGCAUGCCUAUGAUGAAGAGAGUUCGCUUCAUCGCCACCCACGAGUACUUCAUCCAGGAGCUGGACCUUCAGUGCGACCACAGUCACCAGCACGAAAAUGCUACCCACCAGCUCUGGGAGAUGCGAUCUGCAGAGCUUACUGGAGAGUGGUCGAGCUUGAGGACUUUGGCACGGUCACCUAUGAGGACUAUAAGGUCAAGAAUGCCAGCACAGCAUGGUUCGUCGACGUCAACAAGCAGGAGGACAAAUGGCGACCCUUGCUGCAGGAAGCUGAGGAGAUCUUGGCCAGGAAAGUGCAGAGCAGCAUCUUCGUCACCCCGGAGUCCGACCUCUACCGGAAGAUUUGUGAAUUGGUGCCCUGGCAAGUGAUGAACAUUCAGCUGGCCCAUCUUCCAAAGGCCAAGCGAGUCAGGCCUGGGCUGGAAGAAUGUCAUCGAGCAUCGGUCCUGCUGCAGAACGACAACUCCAUCGUCAUCGAGACCGAGUAUUUGAAGACAGCUCAAGCACCCCGUGAACGCUUCAUCACACCGGUUCGCGUGGGCAUCUUCAUCCUGGGCUACGCACCCGGUGAACCGCAGGCACCAAGCCCUCAGAAAGAAGGAGAACGGCAAUACGUUGAGGCCGAACCCGGAGAAGCAGUUGGCGAAAGAAUCGAGGGCGAUCAUUUUGACGAUAAGUCCCUCGUCAAGCAGAGCUACGGAGGCGAGACUUGGUUUGAAGGACCUCCACUCACCAACCGACAGAAGAAGCUGGCUCCCUCGAUCGUCAAGCUGCACAAGAACCUCGGGCAUCCCAGUCAGCCUGACUUCACUCGCGCCCUGGUCCAAGAAGGCAAUGUGGAGACCGAGGCCAUCGAGCUGAGCAGGAGGCUGAAGUGUGCAGUCUGUGAACGGUCGAGACGACCAAAAGCACCACGUCCGACUUCCUUCAAGAUAGUCGGCUCCUUCAACUCCAAGCUGUGCAUGGACUUCGUCUAUGUGCCGGACGCUGAGGGGAACAACUACCAGUUCCUCCACAUCUUGGAGCCCAAUGGAUCCUUCAACGUCUUCUACCCCAGUGCUACACGCAAUCCUGGAGACGUGUGGGAUUUGUUUUGUUUGCUGUGGGCUAGCUGGGCAGGCUUCCCACAGACCUUGUGGUGCGAUAAGGACGGCGCCUUUGAGGGUGAGUUCCUUGAAAGGAUCAGGUCAAUGGGCACCCUGGUUGAUAAUCCUCCAGCAGAAGCUCAUUGGCAAGCCGGACAAGUUGAGGCCUACAACCGCGCCUUCAAGGACACCGCUCAGAAACUGGUGGACGAGAUGGUCCUCCGAGGCGAUCGAGAUAUGAGAACUCUCGGCUGCGCUGUCGCUGCCGCAAUGAAUGACCGCAUCCGGUCAUCAGGAUGCUCGGCCUAUCAGUGGCUCUUUGGCAAGAGUCCUCAAACACCCGAGGACGUCCUCUCCCCGGAUGGCAAGUUCGAAGCGCUACAGGCCAUGGAGCUGGACGAAGAGCUGCGGAGAAGGAAUAGGAUUCGAGCAAUGGCAGAUGAGAAGAUCUCUGCCUACCGGCUUAACGAAGCCGUGCGGACAGCCAUACUCCGCAAGUCUCAUCCAAUGAAGGAUGACUACGAGCCUGGCGAACUCGUCGCCUUUUGGCGAGAAGCCAAAUAUCGCCAAGGCAAGAAAGGACAGAAGGGCAAAAGGAUACCAGCCUCUUGGUAUCGUGGUGUGGUGGUUGGACCCCAUAAAGGAGAUGGCACCACCAAGCAGAACAACUUUUGGGUCACCUCAAACGGACGGUGCAUCCUUGUGGCCAAAGAACAGAUGAGGCCGGCUUUUGGCACCGAACUAUGGCCGGUACACGAACAUGUUCUCCAGGAACUACAAGACAAUCCUCCGCAGCAGUACUUGGACCUUCGCACGGACGAGCUGCCGCCGGUGCCGGAGGAUGAUGAUGAAGACCUGGAUCAGGUCCCGCUCUUCCCGGACAAGAAGGAGGAGGAACGAAUGGAAGAAGAGCUUGGUGAAGGACCACCUGGAGAAGCAAGUUCACCUGCCGCUGACGCAAUGGACAUCUUGGCGGAGCAAGAAGCGGCAGAAGCUGAAGACCCUACAGCUACGGCCUCAGACAGGACAACAUUACCAACCCAUCCAAGCACGAGAGCGCCUGGAACUCCGGUUGGACAGCUAUGGCCACAGACACCACAAAAGAAGAUGAGGACUACACCUUCGCACUCAGCACCUUCCGAGGCCGCCCCAUCGGCAGUCACGGACCUCGCCAUGGAGCAGAACCCUGCAGUACCGGAACCUUCCUCUGCCAUGGUCACCAACGUCGGCAAGGACUUCUGGCACGCAGACCACAAACGUGGGAUUUUGGUACGCCACCAUCUACAACCACGUCGAGCUCUAUACGACCCUGGUCGAGCUCACGAUCUACCAGUACGCCUGGACAAGAUCUCGAGAUUGAGGACCACGGUGAUGUUCCUCGACUCCGGACGCAAGAUGGUGAGAGACACAUGGGUGUCACCAAACUCCAACACGCCCAUGGACAAGAAGUGGACCGGCAAGACGAUCUUCAAGAUCUUGGUGCGGUCCGCUAUGGAAGCCCAUGCCGAGUGGCAAAACCCAGAGCGCAUGUCCCGGAAGGACCGGAAGGCCCUGGAGAAGGAGUUACCUUGGUCGGCCAUUCCCGACGAGCAGAAAGAGCUCUACCGGCAGGCGCUGGUGAAGGAGUGGAACACAUGGCUCAAAUACGAGGCCGUCCUCAUCCUCAACCCUGAGUGCAGCAGACAGGUUGAACUGAUGGUUGACGCCAGCCGCAUCCUUGCGGCCAGAGUCUGCUACAGAGAUAAACACGCAGCCACACCUUGGCUGGAGAUCAAGCCCAAGGCCAGAAUUGUUUGCAGAGGAGACAACGAUCCAGACCUACUCGAACUACGUCGAGACGCUCCUACACUCACGAGGUUGGGGCUGAUGCUGAUACUUCAACUCGCUGCAAGCGGAGAAGGUUGGAUCAUGGUCACCGCCGAUAUCACCGGCGCUUUCCUACAAGGAGACCAAAGCCUGGCCAAACGGAAGGAACCGCUUUUCAUCAGGCAGCCAAAAGAAGGUUUGCCCGGACUUCAACCAGGACAACUUCUACUGGUGGUGCGAGGCAUCUUUGGCUUGGCAAACAGCCCCCGGCUGUUCUGGCGCUUCCUCCGCGACAGCUUGAUCACCCUCGGCUUUGUGCAGUCCACGCUCGACAAGGCCCUCUUCAUGUACUACGAGGACCACCAGCUCAUCUUGGCGCUGGGAGCACACGUCGAUGAUUUGAUAUGCGCUGGAUGCCCAAAGCGAGCGGACAACAUCCUCAACAAGGUGAAGACCACGUUUGACUUCGGGGACUGGCACGACUCCCGCCAGGAGAACAAGAUGGUCUACGGUGGCAAAGAGAUCAUCGUGCGCAAUGACGGCAGCGUCACCCUGGGUCAGGAAUCUUUCAUCCGGGCACUGACUUUGACACCAGUGCCGAAGUGGCGAAGGAUCAUGAAGGACUCCACCUUGACAGCCACCGAGGUCACGGAGAUGAAAUCAGGUGGCGGAUGUUUGCAUUGGCUCAUCGCCCAGACGAGGCCAGAUCUUGCUGCAGGUACCUCGCUGGCUAUGAGCGGAAGCCCUACUGUCACGAACCUGCUUGAGGUGAACAAGCUCCUGCAAGAGGCGAUCCGAUCCCAAGACUGGAAGCUCAAGUUCGUGCCUAUCCCACUUGAACAGGCACGCAUCAUCGCCUUCAGCGAUGCCUCAUGGGCGAACACGGAGGAGCUGAAAUCCCAAGCGGGAUACUUGGUCUUUGUGACCGGGCCGGAGGUGUUCACUCCAACUGGAGAUGCCGCCAGUUUGGUGGAGUGGAAAUCCCACAAGAUUCGGCGCCGCUGCCGAUCGACCCUGGCCGCAGAGACUAUGUCCCUUGAUGCGGCUACGGAUGCAGCUCUCUUCACCCGCGAGCUGCUGGCAGAGAUUUGCAUCGAGGGCUACCAGCCGACUCAUUCAGGACGAUUGGAUGAGACCAUUUUUCCAACGUCCAUGGUCACAGAUUGUCGCUCCCUCUUCGACUUGCUCAUCAAGGACGGACCCUUGAGCAGCACACAAGAAAAGAGGUUGACCUUGGACAUUGGAGCACUUCGUGAAGUGGCCGAAGAACUGGAGCCCACCGGCGAGAUGAUGAAGGAGAUCUACAGGUGGGUGCCCACGAAUGUCCAGAGAGCGGACUGCUGCAGAGCUUCGAGAGAUCCUGGACCGAAACUGGAUCUCCAUGGUGGCAGAUGA